AUGAUUGCAGGGUCAGUAGCGGAAAGGGUUAAAAAUAGGUUGGGUUUUGAUUGUUCUUUUGGUGUUAACAGUAAUGGAAGAUCAGGGGGUCUAUGUGUGUACUGGCAAUCAUCGCACUUGGAUUUCCAAUUAAUCUCUUUCUCUUCACAUCACAUAUGUGGAGAUGUUACAUGUGACAACGGGGUGGUGUGGCGUUUUGUUGGGCUGUAUGGUUGGCCGGACCGUGGCCAGAAGGCUAAAACUUGGGAACUGAUGCGAUCGCUGUGUGAGUAUGGAGGCCCGAUGUUGCUUGGGGGAGAUUUCAACGAGGUGUUGAGUAUGAGUGAGGUGGAGGGGAGUCAGGUGGAAGAUAGGCGUGUCAUGCAUGAUUUUCGCGCUUGUAUGGAUGACUUGCAGCUUCGUGAUCUGGGGUUUUCGGGUUGUUGGUUCACUUGGGAAAGAGGUACAAAUCCAGCCACUCGAAUUCGUGAGAGGCUCGAUAGGUUCGUGGCGUCCUCAAGUUGGACUGAGGUUUUUCCGGAAGCCUAUGUGGAACAUAUGGGGAGGUAUAAGUCGGAUCAUACUCCUAUUAUGGUAUGUAUUGGAGGUAAUUCACGCAGGCGCAGGAAGAAAAGGCAGAAGCGGUUCAGGUUCGAAACGGCAUGGUUAUUAGAAGAAGAGUGUGAGCCCCUGGUGCGUAAGGCGUGGGCCGGUUCGGUGGGGGAGUCUCUUGAGACCCGGUUGAGUCUCGUUGCCCGUGACCUUACUGUGUGGAGUAAGGACUCUCUUGACGUGUUGGGUAAGAAGAUUAGUGUAGCCGAGGACGAUUUAAAGAGACUCCAGCAAAGCUCGGCGGAGAUUGACCGUGAUACUCUUAGGGCCAGCCAAACCACUCUUGACACUCUCUUAGAAAAACAGGAGGCCUUUUGGUUCUUGCGGUCGCGAGUCUCGGAAAUUCGGGAUGGUGAUAAAAAUACCAAAUACUUCCAUCACAAAGCUAGUCAGCGACAACGCAGAAAUUACAUUCCUGGGUUAUUCGAUGCGUUGGGUGUGUGGAGGGAGGAUGAGGGGGAUAUUGAGAAGGUGGUGGCUGAUUAUUAUCAAGAGCUUUUCACUUCGAGCGCUCCUUCCGAGGAGGCAAUGUUAGAGGUUCUGAAUGCAGUGGUGCCUACUGUAACUGCGGAGAUGAAUGCGGAGCUGGGUAGAGCGUGUAGGAAGGAGGAAGUGUGGGAGGCCUUGCGUCAAAUGCACCCUAGCAAGGCGCCGGGUCCUGAUGGGAUGCACGCUGUUUUUUACCAGCGAUUCUGGCACAUUGUAGGAGAUGACGUUACUGAUGUUGUCUCAGGGAUUAUUCAUGGUACCAGACCCCCGGAUGCUCUCAAUAAGACUAAUAUUGUUCUCAUUCCGAAGGUCAAAUCACCUACUCUUGUCUCUGAAUUUCGCCCAAUUAGUCUGUGCAAUGUGAUUUUUAAACUUGUGACAAAAGUGCUGGCUAACAGGUUAAAAUUAAUAUUGCCCAAUAUUGUAUCUGAUAAUCAGAGUGCGUUUGUUCCUGGAAGGCUUAUUACUGACAAUGCUUUAAUUGCCCUUGAGUUGUUUCACUCUAUGAAAUAUCGAUGUAAAGGGAAUAGAGGUUUUGUAGCUAUGAAGCUUGACAUGAGUAAAGCGUACGAUAGAGUGGAGUGGGUUUUCCUUCGCGGAUUACUGGAAAAGAUGGGAUUUGAUGGUGCUUGGGUUCGUUGUGUUAUGGAUUGUGUGUCAUCUGUGAGGUACUCUUUUGUGGUGAAUGGAGAUGUUUGUGGUUUUGUUACCCCCUCAAGGGGUCUCCGACAAGGGGACCCAAUGUCGCCAUAUUUAUUUAUCUUCGUUGCAGAUGCUUUCUCGGCCCUAAUUAGGAAAGCUACGGAGGAUAGGAGGAUUCAUGGUAUGAAGGCCAGUCGUAACGGUCCGGAGAUUUCACAUCUUCUCUUUGCUGACGACAGUUUGCUCUUUGCUCGUGCUUGCCGACAGGAAUGCGCAGUUAUAGUUGAUAUUCUCAACAAAUAUGAAGCCGCAUCAGGUCAGAAAAUUAAUAUUGCUAAGUCGGAAGUUUCUUUCAGCAAAGGGGUUAGUUCUGUUCAGAAGGAGGAAAUUGUGGUUUUUUUGGCUAUGCGACAGGUUGACAGACACUCGAAAUACUUGGGGAUUCCGACUCUUGCGGGUCGAUCAAAACAACAUCUUUUCUCAGGUAUACUUGAUAGAGUCUGGAAGAAAUUACAGGGUUGGAAGGAAAAACUUCUUUCUAGAGCCGGAAAGGAAGUCUUGCUAAAGGCGGUGAUACAGGCCAUUCCCACCUAUGUGAUGGGAGUUUAUAGGCUUCCAGGUGCUAUAAUCCAAUCUAUACACUCCGCGAUGGCACGGUUCUGGUGGGGGAACAAAGGGGAUCGUCGAUCGAUGCACUGGAAGAGUUGGGCGAAUUUAUGUAAUCCAAAGUGCUUGGGAGGUAUGGGCUUUAGAGACCUCUCGGUCUUUAACGAGGCUUUGCUAGGACGCCAGGCGUGGCGGCUAAUCCAAUGUGAAAACUCCUUGCUUAGUCAGGUCAUUAAAGCAAAGUAUUAUCCGAAGUGUAGCUUUCUCGAAGCAUCACUUGGUUUUAUGGGUAGUUACUCGUGGCGCAGCAUAUGGGGGGCGAAGGCUUUGGUGAAGGAAGGUAUAGUGUGGAGAGUCGGGACUGGAGAAAAGAUAAAAAUUUGGGAGGAUCCUUGGGUGCAUAACGAGGAGAGCCGGUUUAUAUUAGGAACAAGAGUGCAAGGGCUGCAGUUUGUGGGUGAUUUAAUUGACCGUGAAACCAGGGAGUGGAAAUUGGAGGUGGUGAGGGAGGCGUUCAAUGAACAGGAUGGCAAAGCGAUUUUGGCGAUCCCCCUAAGCGAGUGCCCCAAGGCUGACCGGGUGGCUUGGGCUUUUACCAAAGAUGGCAACUACUCCGUUAAAACGGCUUAUAUGGUAGGUAAGUCGGGUAAUCUGGACCUAUUUCACCGGGCUUGGGUUAAGAUCUGGAGUCUCGAGGUGUCACCUAAAGUCCGUCACUUUUUGUGGAAGGUAUGCUCAAACUCACUGCCGGUGCGUGCUACUUUGAAGCACCGUCACAUCCUGGAGGACGACACUUGUCCGUUGUGUUUAGCAGCGCCAGAGACCACCAGCCACGCCCUACUGCACUGCUCGCAGGUCCAGGAGGUGUGGGAGAGUUCAGGGAUGCUCAGCAGGGUUCCGCGUGAGUUGGGAGAUGACUGGCUGGAGUUUUGGAACGCGUGGCAGGAUGUGGAUGAGAAGUGGCUGAGGGAGCUGUGCUACAUAGCAUAUUAUGCUUGGCACAGGCGAAACAAAGUUGUUUUUGAGGGUAGGGGACACCCGAAUGACCAGCUACUUGAGUUCGCGAGGUCUGCUUCCAAGGAUUAUAAUUCCUAUGCAAAGAAGAUCUAUGGUGGCCCGUCCGGUGCUGGGAAAAAAUUUACAAAAACUUGGCAGCCUCCCCCCCCGGGUUGCGUGAAGAUAAAUGCGGAUGCCUCGUGUAGUGAUGACGGGUGGGUGGGCCUGGGAGUUGUGGCCCGAGACGAGAAGGGUGAUGUGUUGUUUGCAGCAACGAGAAGAGUGCGAGCUUGGUGGCCCAUCGAAGUGGCGGAAGGUAAGGGCUUGUGUUUAGCGAUCAAGUUAGCCCGUAAUCAUGGCUUCAAGGAUGUUAUUUUUGAAACUGAUUGUCUCACUAUCUUUAAUAGGUUGUCUAGGUGUGCUUUGUUUUUCUCUGAUUUAGAUACUGUGCUUGAGGAGGCUCUUUUCUGGAGUCGGGAUUUUUAUUCUGUUAAAUGGUCGCAUGUGCUUAGGGAUGGAAACUUUGUAGCCCAUCACCUAGCUCGACUCUUGCCUUUUGGUGUGGAACAACGCUGGGAAUAUCAUUGUCCUGUAGAGGUGGCUCCGUAUGUACACAUGGACAAGUUGUCCAUUGAUUAA